AUGGAGUCACUGAUCAAGUCCCAGCACGCUCAGCAACUGGCGGGCCACAGCGGUAGAGCUGGUAAACCUACGACGACAGAGAUGGUACCAGCGACGAGCGCGGGACUAACGAUGUCAUCAGACGAGAGCAUGAUGCUGAAACUCAUCCAACAAACACACUCCCCUGAUGCUCGCGAAGUCCAAGUGCGUGGCCUUCUCUCUCUCGUUGAAGAUAUUCUCGAUCGCGCCACUCUUGACUCCGACGACUCCAACGCCUCCAUGCUCCCGUUGCCUACGGAGGAUAAAUUGAUGCAGUCAAGUAUGAUGAGCGUUCUUGAUAGCGUCUCAUACGCUAUCGAUCGCGUCGCCUGCGAGAUAGCGUACAAGUCUCUGACGGGGUCAGACGCACAUGAAAUAACAAUGUCAGUGUUUGAACACCUCUCGAGCUUCCACUGGCACGGCAAGCUAGUCCUGACUCUAGCCGCGUUUGCGUUGAACUACGGAGAAUUCUGGCUUCUGGUUCAGUUCCACUCAAAGAACCAGCUCGCUAAGUCCCUAGCUAUGCUAAAGCUCGUCCCUGUUCAGAACAGAGUGACCCUCGAGUCUGUAUCCCAUGGGCUCAAUGAUCUCAUCCGUGAGAUGAAGAGCGUCACUGCAUGUGUUGUGGAACUCAGCGAGUUACCUGAUCGCUACAUUACACUUGAGGAUCCUCAUCUAUCAAAAAUCAUCUCUACCAUCCCAAUCGCUGUUUAUUGGACCAUAAGAAGCAUCGUGGCUUGCAUUUCUCAGAUCAACAUGAUCACUGCCAUGGGACACGAGAUGAUGAACACUCAGAUGGAUUCAUGGGAAACGUCAAUGUUAGCUAACAAGCUCAAGAACAUUCAUACCAUCUCGCUGAGACCUUGA